AUGGGAGGUUAUGGAGGAGUUAGGGGACACGGUAGUGACCCGAGAGUGAGGAAAUUGAAGAUGCCCAUCUUUGAGGGCGAAGACGCACAUGGCUGGAUCUACAAGGUGGAGAGAUACUUUACAGUCAAUGGGUUGACUGAGGAGGAGAAGUUGGCAGCUGCAGGCUUGUGCUUAGAAGGGAAGGAAGGGACGGUGGCAGAGUAUCGUGACCGGUUCGAGUAUCUGGCCAGCAGACUGAAUCGGCUCUCAGAGACAGUGUUAGAAGGAAACUUUAUGAAGGGGCUGAAAGCAGAGAUCCGGGCAGCAGUUUGGAUGAUGAGACCACGAGACCUUGGAGAGGCCAUGGAGCUAGCUCAGCUGGUGGAGGACCAGAAGCAUCUGGAAAAGGAGAUUAGGGGAAGCAAUUCUGGGGGAUCUUCCAGGAUGACCACUACUUUCUUAGCUCCAAAGGCACCGGCAACAGGGGGGUUGAGGGAAAUACCCAAAGAGAGAACUGGAGGGGGAAAUUUCAAAAGGCUAACUGAGAAGGAGAUACAGGAGAAGAGGGAAGCUGAGGAGGGAGGUGGAAGUGGGUUAGAGAUGGAGGAUGAGGAGAAACUACAUUUGGAUGUAGCAGAAGUAUCCCUAAAUUCUGUGGUGGGAUUCACUCCAAAUCACACUAUGAAAGUGAGGGGAGAGAUGGCUGAUAGAAAGGUGAUAGUGUUGAUCGAUAGUGGGGCAACCCACAAUUUCAUCUCCACUCAGAUGGUUGACUUGCUGGGGGUGAAACUGGAGGAUACAGGCGGCUAUGGAGUGAUGUUGGGCACAGGAAAGGUAGAAAUGGGAAGGGGAGUUUGUAGAGGAGUAAUGCUGAUGAUUCAGGGGAUCCAGGUGAGGGAAGAAUUUCUUCCCUUGGAGUUGGGGAGCACUGAUGUCAUCCUGGGGAUGAAAUGGCUGCAGACCUUAGGGGAGACCAAAGUAAAUUGGGGUGCUUUGAGGAUGGAGUUAAUGGUGGAAGGAAAGAAGAUGGUGAUCCAAGGCGACGCAGGGCACCGGCGUGUCUCUCAGAUCCAUGAUCAGAACCAUACAGGAGGUGGGAGGUGGAUAUUUGGUGGAACUGCAGCGCUUGGAGAGGGCUUACCACCACUCAGGGAACAAGAGCAUGCAAUCAUUCUGAAUGAGGGGGUGCCACCAGUUAGUGUGCGACCCUAUCGCUACCCCCAAAUUCAGAAGGACGAGAUCGAGAAGCUGAUUAAGGAGAUGUUGGACGCGGGGAUCAUCAGACCAAGUGUGAGUCCUUUCUCUAGUCCUGUACUACUGGUCAAAAAGAAGGAUGGUAGCUGGAGAUUCUGCGUGGAUUACAGGGCAUUGAAUAAGGAAACUGUGCCGGAUAAGUUUCCCAUUCCGGUGAUCGAUGAGCUACUGGAUGAGCUGUAUGGAGCAGUAGUGUUCUCUAAGAUGGAUUUGAAGUCGGGCUACCACCAAAUCAGGAUGAAAGGGGAGGAUAUUCCGAAGACGGCAUUCAGGACACACGAGGGGCACUAUGAGUUCUUGGUGAUGCCAUUUGGGCUUACCAAUGCUCCAGCCACUUUCCAAUCCUUGAUGAACAGGGUGUUUCAGUCGUACCUGCAGAGGUUUGUACUAGUUUUCUUCGAUGACAUACUGGUGUACAGUCGAUCCGAGGAGCACCAGGAGCAUUUAACAUAUCCACCACUUUGGCUAUGCCUUAUGGAUGUUGCUGGAGAUGGAUUUGAGUCCCUUGAUGAUAUGGGAAUAUUGGAGAUUUCUAAUCUUUCACUUGAUGAGCCUAAAUUGAAAGCAAUGAUAUUUAUUGAAGAUGAUAUAGAAGUCCAAAGACAAAUCCCUUAA